UUUACCUUCAGCCAGUAUAUGUUAGAUAACUGUAGGGACGUAAACGAAGGGAAGAAAGUUUAAAGCAAUUACAAAAACAUCUCAAAGAUUCUUAUAUACCACGAGAUAGAAAAUGGAUGGUGCUUUUCCCGGAAGGUGGCUUUCUAUGCAAAAGACGAGAGACCUCACAAAAGUAUGCUAAGAAGAAUAAUCUGCCUAUUCUUGAAAAUGUGACUCUACCAAGGGUAGGAGCCAUGCAAAUGAUUUUUGAUACUCUCGGGCCAGCAGAGAGCAGGAACGCGGAGGCUCAACACCUAAACAGCCGACCAAGUAUGAUGGUAGCUAAUCCAGAAAUUAGUUGGAUUCUUGAUAUUACAAUAGCGUAUCCUCAGGGUAAGCCGCUUGACUUGCCUACUAUUAUAACUGGUUCGAGACCUCCGUGCGAGACGGUAUUAUUUUAUCGACUUUUCCCUAGCUCAGUGGUUCCUCGCGAACCAGAACAAUUAUCUAAAUGGUUGUACGACAGAUGGGUAGAAAAAGAAGCACUAUUGGAACAUUUUUAUAAACAUGGAACAUUUCUUGGCACAAACGGAUCAAACAGAGAAAAUUCCAAAUUACAUCAGGAUCCAUUAAGAUUCCUAGUCCUUCAUUUAUUCUUCAUAACGUCUAGUUAUAUACAUUAUAGCAUGCUUACAUACGUGCUAUCUUGCUUUUGGUAAGAUGUUUUUAUAUCAUGUGCGACGCACGACGGUCCAGUUUAAAGAAGGAAAUCACAGUAACGAAGUAAGAUAUCCUUGCCUUAAACACCCAUUUUGAUGUUUAUGAGAAUAAUUCUAAUGGAUGUACAGAUUAUUAAAUUCGGCAAGUAUGCCCACAUUAUAAGUCAGUUGUAAAACUUAUUUUUAUUUACAGUUGCAAACAAGUGGUAUUUUGCAUACGACUGGUAAUUGUGUUAUGCGUUCUAAAGCUAACAUAAAGUUAACAUGUUUUUAAAACGUGUUUACAAACUAUUAAUAUAUUUUAGCGAAAUAACAAUCGAAAUAUAAUUUAUUUCUGUUAUUUUCACGAUUGCUGUAUAGCUUUAAACUGAUCUUUAAACUGAAUUUUUAUCGUAUUAUGUAUUCUCUAUACUAUACGAAGUAUAGAUUACACAACAAACCUGCUUUUAUAAAUCGACAUUCGUAUAUCUUCGAACUCGAUGAUGAAACAUUCUUAGGAUGAAAUUGUUGGUGACGUCAAUCUGUAGAUUUAUUUUUCUUCACUUUGGAUAUUGUAGGAUAUACAAAAUUGAUUGUAAAUUUAGAUAAAAUACGCGAGGGAAUAAAUAUCUCAUCUAUAAUGUCAUCCGUUAUGUGAUCUCUUGUAGAGGUGGCACAACGUUCUUUGCCGCAAAGUUUUGGAGAAUGCGUAAAACUACGGCGUUUAGAUCUUUUUAUCAAUAUCAAACAAUUUCACAACUCUUAAUUUACACGAUCUUAUUAUAUAUUGCAUAAUAAACACUAUCCGGUUUUAUAGGUAGAUUCAAAUUUAGGUAUGAUAAUUCACGUUGACUUUUAUUAUCGCCGCAAAUAAUGUACGACUGUGUUUACCACAUACCUGGUACUUGGUAGCGUUGUAACAAAAUCUUUGUAAUAUAUAGCAUCGCAUGUGUGUUAUGUAAGUUUUUGAUUUAUAAAAUGAUCUGACAUUUUAUAUCGGCGUACAAUAGAAGAGACGAAUUUUUAUAGAACAGUAAUAGUCAAAUCUUUUAAAGAACUAUUCACUUAUUUUUUUGUAAUAGCGAAAAAUAUUUUUCAAGGAAAAUACUACAAAGUCCAUCCUAUAAUUUUUUUAAACAUCACGUUAGGAAUUUUGUAAUGAUAAGUUUGUAAUUUUAGCGACAUAUAAAUUAGAAUUAGAUUAAUGCAAAGAUAUGAUUGUUUGGAAACUGAAAGCAAAUAAAAAAAAAGAUAUUGUACCGGACGUGUACGAAAUAAUAGGCAAGGUAUAUUUUUUCAUGUCCAGAAACUAUUAAACAGAUAUAAAAAUCUUGGCCUUUUUCAAGAGCGUUCGGCUCUUGGCUCGUUUCUGAUGGUCCGUUAUUGCAAGACAUUACGAUGCACUACAACUACUGUAUUUUAAUAACAUUCUAAGAACUAAUUAGCGUUGAAAAUGGAAGAAAGAUACUGAGGUUUAUGAUGUUUUUUGGAUUAUGAGCAAUUAGCAUUUGUUUAACGAUAUUGUGUAUAACUCGUGCUCAUCCCCGUAAUUACAUCUGUCAAUUUACAGACAA